UUCUUGCUCCCACGCGCCUUGUAUGGCUUUUGUUAGCGAUAUAUUUAAGAGAAUAUUGUGAUAAUCAAUAGAUAUGGCAGUGAGCUUAACAGAGCCGCUCUGCCUGCCUUGCGUUUACCAUGGAGCUUUUAAAGUGGAGCUACAGGUGAAGAGACCUCUGAUGCCGGUCCAGCUGAGUCCAGAGCAGGUGGGCCUGGAGAUGCUGUGUCUGUGUGGGCAGCUGGAUCUUCUCAUCAGAGCACAGAUGCAGCAGUUCCAGGAACAGUUAGGACAAGGCUGCAGCCCGGAGGAGUCAGACACUUUCCAGGCUCAAGGAUCAGAGAUUCUUGACCAAAUGCUGCAGUGCCUUGAACACCUACCAAAGCCUAUGCCACAGCUGGAGGACUAUCUGGACAUGGUGGGUCUGUCUGUAAUGUUUCCUCGUGUGGAGGUUUUCCUCAUUCAAGGCAGCCCAGUGGAGAUGUUAGAGAGGCCUCCAAUGGAUGAAUAUUUCUUCCACAUUGCCAAACUGAAUCAACUGCUGGUGCUGAGUCAGCAGCUAGAGGAAGAUAUCAGACACCUUGGGAGUCAUAAAUACAUCGCCCACCAGCUCUCGGUCAUAUAUCAAGUGGUCAGCUCUUUCAGAGGGAUUCAGGCGUUUUCUGACAUAAAGAAAGACAUUGAGGCCAACUUCAAGCAGAUGAAACAGUGUCUCGUGGCAGAGGAAGGCUCCAGGCAUGAACCUCAGCUUGCGUCUCACUACAUCAACUGGAUACUAGAGAUAACUCAAAGUUUAACGUCAAUGGUGUUGUCGCUGCCGGAGGAGCUGACAGACGAUGUUCACCAGGCCGUGACUUUUGUGUCCCAGUUUCUCUCCUGACUGACCCGGGAAAAAAAUGCCUCCGUGUCUUGUUUGGAUGCACAUGGUUUCUUCAAGAGUUGCCUGCUUCUCAAUGGACUGAAAAUGUAAAAACUGUGAAAAGGUGCUAUGAAAAAAAAAGAUUAAUGGAGGGAUAGAAGAGCCUACUUCAUUUACAAACUUGUAGGGUUUUAUAGUGUCU